UGUGCAAUGCCCGCUGGCUCCUGUAGUCCAUCUGCAGCUGACGACUGUGCACCAGAGUGUCCGAUAAGACUACAUUGUCCUGAAUCCACCGCGCCGCACAGAUGAGGGCAGUGACCGAGGGCGUUCUGCCAGGACAAUCGAUCUUGUGCGCUGGAAGUUUGCCCUGGAGCGCGCGGGGGGACACACACACACACGUUCCAGCUUCGUUAGAGGAAGCGCCCGGUCUAAAUGCACCCAUGAGUUUGCCAUCAAAACGCCAAGGCUGCCACUUGAAAUGGAUAGAGUCGGCGCUGCUGGUCAAGGCGAAGACGGCGAGGCCGUGGAGCGCAGUAACCCAUCCAGUCCCGGCGAAGUCCUACUGGAUGCAUUCUUGAAGAACCAGGGUCUUUAUCGAAAGAGAAUUGCCAAGGAUGGCUCUUGCCUUUUUAGAGCUGUUGCUGAACAGGUCUUCCAUACGCAAUCUGAACAUCUUGAAGUGCGAGGAGCUUGUGUUUCUUACCUGAGGAGGAACCAAGAACAAUUUGAAGCGUUCAUUGAAGGAUCAUUUGAUGAAUAUUUGAAGCAACUUGAGAAGCCACAGGAAUGGGUUGGACAAGUAGAAAUCAGUGCGCUUUCACUCAUGUACAAGCGGGAUUUUAUAAUUUACCAGGAACCAAAUAGACCUCCUGCCCGAGUUACUGAAAAUGGAUUUCCUGACACGAUCUCGUUAUGCUUUUCAAAUGGAAACCAUUAUGACAGUGUCUAUCCUCGGAAAUUUGUAGAUGCUGCAGCUCUUUGCCAAUCCAUUCUCUAUGAAAUGCUGUACCAGGAUGUACUAAAAACUGAUGUUGAGCCCGUGAUAUCAGCACUGGAUGCAAACGGCAAAACAAAUGAGCAUGUCCAUUCCAGUGAAGAUUCUGAUUCUGGCGCCGAAAUGGAAUUGCAUCGGGGCAAAGCUGCCGAUGAGAGUGACAUGAGUGGAUUCAAGUCCCAGUCGUGUAAUAAAGUCCGAAAGAAGCAACGAAAGAAAAGUGAAAAUGCAGCUCAGAAUCCCUUUCCUGGCGAGGUCCUCCGAGCGUUCAACCCGAAUGUUUACAGAAAUAUUGAGUACGAAGUUUGGCAGAAAUCAAAGCAAGCGCAGCAGGAAAGGGAUUACUCUAUUGCUGCUGGCAUGCAGUACGUUGUUGGGGAUAAAUGCAAGGUCUGUUUGGAUAAUGGUAAAUACUACAAUGCACACAUUCAGGCAAUCAGCCCUGACAAUGGACCAGUUGACGUCUACAUAGAAGAACUAGGAGAAAAACACAGUGCCCUUCUUCAGGACCUUCGGCCACUUACUCAAGGCUGUCAAAGGGCAACCUGGAGCAGAGCGCAAGGAAAAAGAGCCAAGAAACCAAUGAAUGCCAAUUCUGAGGCUGACUUCAGGGGAGUGAAGAAUUCGAGCAGUUUUGUAAGUAGGCCGAACCGCUUCCAUUCAAGUUUACCACCACGUCUGCAUCAAGCCAGACAGCUGAACUCUACACUGCAGAAUCCAGAACAACAGCCCAAGGUGCCAUCGCUAGAGUACUUAGAGCGAAUGGAUGACUUCCCACAACUCUCAAAAAAAUAUGAUCGAAGGCUAGAAUCUAAUCAGACAAAAGUAGCAAAUAAAGACGUUAGUCCACCAGUCAAGGUUGAUCCAGGGCCAAAUGAAGCACACGUGUCAACUAAUACCACCCUGCGAGUGGAGAAAUCUCUACCUGCUUUGGAUAACCCAUUGGAGAAGACCCCUUCUCCCACCAGGACGGAACAGGUAGAUCCGAUUCUCCAGGAGCUCCAAACACAAUCAUCAUCUUCUCCUGCAACAUCAGAAAAUCCACCUGUGGUUCCAGUACAUCUGCCAAGUCCACCAGCUGGGAAUUCAUCACAGACGACCAUUCCACCUGUAACUCCAUCAUCUGUAGUGACCUCCGGUCCAGCAGUAUCACAGGCUCCAAUGUCCUCGGUCCCAAUGAAGCCACUCCGCGCUCCUUUCCCCGGACCUAAUCUGCCACUCAUGUCGGCACCUCAGCUUCCAAUCCCAUAUGAUCUGUUGUACCCUGGAUUUGCCCUGAAUGAAAGGGGGGAGAGUGCCCCAAGUGCACCAACGCAUUCAUAUGACAAAAGUGGAGCAGAUCUUCCAGAGGAUAAAAGCAUCCUGCGCUUUUUCUACAAUCUUGGUGUUAAGGCUUACAGUUUACCAUGGUGGCCACCACAUUCAUAUCUAUAUCCACUGACCCAGGCUUAUUUGAAAAAUUGUGGAAUGUACCCUGGUUGUCAUGCUCCAAUAUUCCCUGCAAAUCCUCAGUUCCAGCCAAUGGCUGGGCGUGUGCAGAAUGACAAUGCAGGCGGGCCAUUACAAACAUCAAAUCCUCAGUUCCAGGCAAUGGCUGGGCGUGUGCAGAAUGACAAUGUUGGAGCUCCGUUGCAAACAGCAAAUCCUCAGGAAAUCAACGCUCUUCCACAAUCAGACGUUGGUGAUGACAGCAACCAUUCAUUAUCAUCGCAAUCAACUACUAGACAACUGCCUCACAAAAACAACUCUGUUUCAGUAUCGGCAAACCCUGGACUACCCCCUCAAAAUUUUAAUCCUCAUUUCCCAAGUCAUUUUCCUCACUUUUUAUCAGAUGGAGCACAACUUUCUGGGUGGCCAGCACCUCCACCCUCAAGUUUAAUUACCCAGAACCCGUACAUGCAUGCUUUCAGUUUUCAUCCUAUGUACAUGACUGCACCGGGACAAGUAUACCCAAUACAAAUAAAUGGAGGGACCUCUGCCUGCAUGGUUGAUCAGAAGAUUGGUGCACCAGAUCAAUGUGCACAGUUAUCUGAUAAUGCUGCAAGUCUAAAAUUAGAAGAAGCUGAGCGGCCACCACUAGAGUUCAGCCAGGCUGGAGAGUGUAGGCUUUCUCAGGUUCAGUCUGUCAAAGAUCCUCAACUAGUUACUGAGACUGUUGGUAGCGUCGUAGACUUGUGUCCACCUGGUUCUGAGCAGCAAUCGGCUCCUGACCCCCAGGAAGAAUGUGUAAAUCAAAACCCAGUCCUUGGAGAAAUGAAACCAGAGAAAGCAAGCUUAAUUUCUUCUGCAGGGCUUUACAGUGAAGAUACAAGGAAUAUUCAGCCACAAGAUUGUGCAAGUCAUUCAGAAAUUGAUAGUCAGUUCUCAGAGGCAAAGUCCAACAGCGAUUUAGCUUCUCAAAGCGCUGAAGAAUCAAAAGUUGAUACUGUUAAACAAUCUGUGGCAGACACCUCCACAAAUAAGAAAUCCAGGAAUAAUUAUAAAACACCCGACACCUUGUGCAACAAACAUGCACAAAUUCCCAAACGAACAAGAGGGAUGAACUACAACAUAAAGGAUAGCCCUUCAGAAAAUAAUGCACUUCGAGGUACUCCAUACUUCCAUAGGAAAGGAGACAGGGAAAUGAACAGGAAAGAUAAAUCAGGCAAGCAGUGGCCAAGAGAUGCAAGUCACUUACAUGAUAGCAAUAUUGACAGGACCAGUCAAGCAGUCUCAAAAGGAGAGAGCAAACCACCUACUAAAGACCGAUUUGUAGAACAUAUUAGUUUUGGUGGGCAUGAAAACCUACGGAUAAAAGUAGAAAACCGAAGGCACGAUAUGAGUGAGAACGCACCAUGCGAAGAAACUUAUCUUGUCAAUAGGAGUGAUGGUGAUGCAAAACAGUUUCAGAAUCAAGUGGUUGUGGAAGAUGCCAGUGGUAUAACGCAUGAAGGAAAACGCAGUAGUUAUAGAAAACAGAAAUAUAAAGAUAGUGGGAAGUCUAAUACUUAUCCAAGAAAAUGAUACAAGAUAUAAUUACUAAUUUAACAUUGCGAUAACUGGAAAGGUUUUUGAGGGGAUUUAACAUGUUCUUAAGGGUCAGAGGGAGAGCACUGUAUUCCUUUUUAGUACCACGCCUGUCUUUACCCUGCAUAUUGGUCUUCUAUCUAAUUGCUAUUUGAAAUUCAUGUGAAAUGUUUAUUCAUUACUCUUUCAGCAGUCGCUGCUCUUAAUCUUUUGAUCAUUUUGUCGCAGUUUAAAUCUGUGUCCUUGUUACCGAUUCAUUUCCUGUAGAAACUGAUAUGAAAUACUUCAUGAUUUUGAACACAGUACCUCGAUUAGAUUUCCCAUAUUGUAAAUGACCACUGAGGCUCCACAAGGGUCUGUACCGAUGAUGCAACUGUUGCAAUAUAAAUUAAUGCCAGAUCAUACUAUAUAGUGCCAAGUACGCAAGGAUGGCAAGAAGAAGUUUGUAAUAUUGUAAGUAGAAUUAAUAUUAUAGUUAUGGCAUAAAAUUACAAAGAUCGGGUAUCAGAUAGAUUUCAACCCAAAAGAAAAAUAAUCUGUAUUGUCUCAGAAUAGGUUAGGAUUUAAAUGAUUUGGAGAUUUAUGUAUUAGUAAAAUGUAGCAGUAAUAUUUUCUCACAUUAGGUGAUGUUUCUCACAUAAGUAAUGUUUUCUCACAUUAGGGAUGGAAUAUACAUUUUGAAUGUCACUGUUGAAUAUUCCCCAUUACAUCACGUAUUUUCCAGGGAUAGAAGGGUCUCAUUUGAGUGUGGCACAGGGUUCAAUAGUAAAUUGAGCAGUACAAAGGUUGGAUUAAAUUAAGUGAUCACAUUAACCAUUGUUUCCAGGUAUGGGUUCCAAGAUUUUAUAAUUAAGAUCUUAAAAUAAGAUUGAUAGGUUUGAUCGAAACAUUUUGAUGGAUGGGUGUAGGGUGAGGUGUUAAAUCCAACAGCAGGACAUUGAGGGUAUACAUUAAAUAUACCUAGGAGUGUGUGUGGAAAUCUUCCACAAUAAGCCAUAUGCCAACACCAUUAGUAAUUGAGGCUGAGAUGAUUUUUAUCCUCUUCAUCUUAACUAGAUAUUGUGUGAAGGCCUCCUACGCUUAUUUCAUGUUUCCCAGCCUUCUCUGCUCUCAGGAUUUGGGACAUUAAGCAAAUCAUGAUCUGCCCUCUAGAAAGUCUGAAAAAGGGUCCUGAACGGAAACGUCAUCUAUCCAUUUUCUCCAGUAAUGCUGCCUGGCCUCCUGAGUUGCUCCAGCACUUUCUAUCUGUAUUUAAUAGAAUUACUUACCUCUUGAGAUUAACCUUCCACUACUUAUGGUUCCGUUGAUUUUCCUUAGCCAUUGUUUUGAAGCUAAGACCUCAUGAACUAUAAACCUUUAAGUUUUUUUUCCCAUCUUCGCACCAUAAAAGUGUAGUAGAUUUUUAACUUUCCCCAUAAUUGGAGGAUUUUUGUGCCCGUUGUACAGAAUUCUGCAUGCAACCUUUUCCAAUGGUUGUAUUAAUUCUUUUUGCCAAAUCAUCUUUUCAGCACUUCCUUAUGCCUUUACAUUGGGACGCCAAAGUCUACCUCAGUUAGCUUAGUAUUGCUUAAUGGCGCAUAUCUUCCUGACAAUUAUUGAUCAUUGUCUUGACCUAACAGCCUACAAAUGUUAUGGUAUUCCUGUCAAACAUGAACCCCCCCCCAGUUUUACCAACUGUUUCUUAAAUACACGAGUACAUCUACCAUAUUUAACUGGACUGAAGAAGGGUCCUGACCUAAAAUAUCACCAAUCCAUAUUCUCCACAGAUGUUGCCUGACCCACUGCGUUACCCCAGCAUUUUGUCCUUUACUACCUUCAUCAGUUAUUUCAGCCUCAGUUUAAGGGACAGAUGUGACAUGAAACACAUGAUUAAGGUAAUCAAAAUACAGAUUUUGUCUUUUACACAACACAUGCCCCAGUGACGUUUACUGUUAUUUUUGUUGCGAUUCUCAAGCCUCAUGGUGGCAAGGUUUUUAUAAAUUUGGGUAGUCAGCCAGGAAGUGUUCAUUCUCUGACGCUUUACAAUUGAUGUGAAAGUUAAAACCUUCAAAUGACCUUCAAUUACACAGAGUCAGUUCAGGAAUGAAAAGUUAAAACAUUUACACUAGAUUGUAAAGCAAAUAUUUGCAGGGAAAGAUUUCAAUCACAGAACAUUGUAUUUUAUGAGUUCACCGUGAGCUAGCAGUAAUCUCCAUCUCACAACACUGCAAAAGGAGACUAGGUUCCUUUUACAAGUGUCUUUGGCCCAGUGAUGAAUUUUAAUUAUUUGUUUUAUGACUACAGGGCUAAGUGGUUGUAAUUAUAUUCAAUGUAUAGGCACUAACCCAGUCUGCAUAUUUAAACAAUCAAAUAUAUAUCACAGGUUGCCAUUUUCUCCUUUAUACCUUUGCUGUACUGCCCCACGGACAAGGUACAAUCAUGCACCUUCGAGAAAAUCUUAAUUAUUCAACUGUGGCACACUUUGGCCCUGCAUCAUCCUCUAAAUAUUAUCAUGCUGCAAUUUGUAGUCAUUUGUUCUUUAUAUUUCUAAGUGACUGUACCUUAAUUAAGGCUAUGUUAAAUAUGACUAAAUUUGUCUGUGCAUUUCCAAAACCAGAAUUUUUAAUUUGUUCUAUAAUUGCAUAGCAUUACAGUGAAUGUUCUAUUUUUUAAUGACAGAAGAUGCUAACAUAGUUACUGUAAAUUUUUGGCAGGGAUUAAAUUGCACUGGCAAUAAUACAUGGUGAAAAUAUAUACCGAUGGGAGUCAAUAUGUUUCAAUUAUGAUAACUAUUACUUUUAUUGUGGGAACACAUCCAAAUAAUACACUUCUGGGCACAACGACAGACUUGUGGACAGUAUAUGCAUGACUUAUUUCAGUUUGGCAUAGGUAUAAACAAAAACAAACUUUUAUCCUUUAUUUAUUGACCAGUUUUCAGUUGGAGAUGUGUUAGCUUCAUAAUACCUAACCAUGAUACAUUGUUUGCUAUGAAAUGCAAAAGGGAAUAUAAUAUAUUCCAGAUUGGAUUUUUUUGUAUAUUUCAAACCAUAUUUUGAAUGUGCAAUUGUGUAAAUACUUCAUUUUGUAUUCUUGAUGUGUGAAGAAUUUGAAACUAGUGCCUUGCAUAAUAAAAUAUCUGCCUUGUAACAAUA